AGAGAGGGAGGGGUUGUUUUGCUUUUUCCAUCUUAUAUUUGCCUCAACAGAAUAAAAGCCAUUACUUACUGUUAUUUCUUUAUUUUUAUCAAGAAACAUUGAGUAUCCCCAUAAACAACCCCCCUUUGUAAGGCUUCCUCUCCUUUCACACACAUUUCCCCCUUUUUUUCAAGUGUUCUUCCUCCUCAUACAUCUACGAAUCAUUUCCUGCGUCUCCUUUUUCACACCUGUGUUCAAGAUAUAAUAAUGAGAGGACAGAUGGGUAUUGGGAAGUACCCCUCAAGUGAUGGGAAUGGAGAGGUUAGCAGUGGUGGUGGAAUUAUAAAACACAACAGGAAAUGCAGAGAUGUGGUUUUUCUGGCCAUCUUCAUCGCCUUCUGGGUGGCUAUGCUCGUCAAUUCCAGCUUUGGGUUCAACCAAGGAAACCCUUUAAGGUUAAGUUAUGGCUUGGACUAUAAGGGCAACAUUUGUGGUGACAGACACGCAGACCCUAACCUUCAUGAGCUGGACCUUAGGUAUUGGUUAAACCCCAAUGAGGUGUAUCAUAGUGGUUCUAAGGACAGUGACAUCAGGCUUGCAAAUGCCAAAAGCAUUUGCUUGUUGGACUGCCCUAUCCCUUCUGAAGAUUCACUAAAUUGGGUCUGCGACUAUCCUGAGGGCGACAUUCGUCUCUCCGUUGAUGAUUGGAUUGACAGAAACUAUGAUUAUUUUGCUGACCUCACCCCUGAUUUAAGGAACACAUCCCUUCAGCUUCAGGGUCCUUGUUACCCUGUCAUAUUUCCCAGUGUCAAUGUUUACUGGAGCUGCCAAUUUAUUGCCCGCGCAUCAAAUGUGUCUUUGAGGCAUUGGAAGGAGAUGGGAGGGAUUGAGAUUUUUGAGGAUAUUGUAAUUGAUAAAGCAAUUCAUAGGUUCAUUAACUCCCGAUCAUCAGUGUUUAAGAGAUAUGUUGCUGAUAUUGGAAAAUCUUGGCUUGUCCUAAUAGUUUGUGGAGGGAUUUUACCAGUGUUCUUAUCUAUUAUGUGGCUUUUGAUGAUUCGGCACUUUGUUUCUACCAUGCCGUGGAUAACUGUCAUCUUAUUUAAUAUCAUCAUUAUAUCAGUAACGAUGUUCUACUAUUUAAAGGCCGGAUGGAUUGGAAAUGACGCGAUUUCGCCGGUCAUUGGUGAUCCCGACCCGUAUUUUCAUGUAUCAGCAAGGGAAGUAAUCCAUCUCCAUGUUGCUGCUGUUAUUAUGACAGCUGUAAUGAUUAUUGCUUUGUUAUCGUCUAUAGCAAUAGUGAGACGCAUCCUAAUGGCAACAUCUGUUCUCAAGGUUGCUGCUAAAGUGAUUGGAGAAUUACAUGCCCUAAUCAUGUUUCCGAUAAUUCCAUAUUCCAUCCUGGCAAUCUUUUACAUGUUCUGGUUUUCAGCUGCUCUCUAUCUUUUUAGUUCUGGACGGGUUGUCCAGAACGACUGCACGACCAACUGUUGUGCUUAUGAUCUUAAAGCAAAAAGGGUGAUGUGUGACCGUUGCUGUGGAUACACCAUCCAACCCACACCACACAUAACUGCUGCAAUUCUUUUCCACCUGUUUGGAUGCUAUUGGGCCACUCAGUUUUUUGUGGCGUGCUCUUCGACCAUCAUUGCGGGCACCGUUGCUUCAUAUUAUUCGGCCUUAGGUGUAUCUUCGAAGGUGGAGAUUCCAUUUCUCCCGGUUUUCUCAUCAAUGAAGCGACUUAUGCAUUACAACCUUGGGUCUGUUGCUAUUGGUUCUCUGGUCAUAUCAUUUAUUGAGCCUAUACGCGUUGUACUUGGAGGCCUUCGUCGCAAGCUUAAAACUUGUAAUUCUGCACCAGAAAGCUGUUUAGGAAGGAUGACAUUUCAAACCUCGCAGGGAUGCUUGAGAUGUGUUAGCUGGACCAUCAAAUCUGUGAACCGUAAUGCUUAUAUUAUGAUAGCUAUAACAGGAAAGAAUUUCUUCAAAGCAUCAGAGAUGGCAACGGAACUGAUUAUCAGUAACAUUCUUAGAAUAGGAAAGGUGAAUGUGAUUAGCGAUGUGAUUCUCUUCCUAGGGAAGCUACUGGUGAGUCUCACAAGUGCUCUCUUUGCCUUCCUCAUGUUGGAUUCUCACAAGUACAAGUCCACAAGUGACAAGAUCUCCUCCCCGCUUUUCCCCGUUCUGGUGUGUUGGGGCAUUGGAUACGUUGUUGCAACCCUCUUCUUUUCAGUGGUGGAGUUGUCAAUUGACACUAUUAUCCUUUCCUUUUGCCAAGACUCAGAAGAGCACCAAGGAAAUCCCCAAUAUGCCCCGCCUCUUUUGAUGGAGACUUUUGACCACCAGAAUGAAUUGCAGAGACUAACACAAUGACUGUCCUGAAAUCCCAUCCCCAUUGGUAAAGUCAGUUAAAAUGUCACACCCACCAGGGCUUGUACCAGUUUAGGUGAAAGUGAUGCUUCUUUGAAGCUACUAUGUUUUGGUCCGUCAGCAUCUAGAUCUAUUUAGGUAGGGAGCCGUCGGACAGAGGGUUUGGUGGGCUGAUAUGAUGAAUCCUCAGUACCAGAUCCAUUGUGGUCUACCAUUUUUCUCUGCCUUUGAGUCUUCGACUCAUGCUUGUACUUCAACUGUAUAUAGUUUCAAAUCAAGAUCUCCCUUCUAUGUCAUGUCAUCAUUGAAAUUCCAAACUGAGGAAUGAAAUCAAUAGUCUAUUUACUAAGGAUGAAUUUGGUGGAAUCUAUAGAACUUGCUCAGGUAGUUGGGAUUGAUAUUAAUAAAUGAUGAAUAUCAUCA